GCAUCGCUCCCUCCCUCGGGAUCCACCGGGAUCUUCCAUGCCCCUCCUCCCCAUUCCCACCCCAGGUCCCCGGGUCCUGGGCUGGCAACAGACCCAUGUUCUCUGGACGCCGGAAAGGUUACUAAGCUAACUACAUGUCCGAAGACCAUCCUCGGUAGAAUCCAGGGAGGGUCCGUGGGGACUCUGCUCGCUCCCCAUUUUUACUUUUUUUUUAUUUGGGCGGGUCCCUCUGGAGUGUUCAAAACUGUUUCUCCAAAGGGUCCUGCAGAAACUCAGACUGUUUUCCAAAGCAGAAGCACCGGCGUCCGCGACAGAAGCGAUGGGCAGCGUGCGGACCAAUCGCUACAGCAUCGUCUCUUCGGAGGAGGACGGCAUGAAGCUGGCCACCAUGGCGGUGGCCAAUGGCUUCGGGAACGGAAAGAGCAAGGUCCACACCCGGCAGCAGUGCCGGAGUCGCUUCGUGAAGAAAGACGGCCACUGCAACGUCCAGUUCGUCAACGUGGGCGAGAAGGGGCAGCGCUACCUGGCCGACAUAUUCACCACGUGCGUGGACAUCCGCUGGCGAUGGAUGCUGGUCAUCUUCUGCCUGGCUUUCGUCCUCUCGUGGCUGUUCUUCGGCUGCGUGUUUUGGCUGAUCGCGCUCCUCCACGGGGACCUGGACGCCCCGGAGCCCUACAAAGCCUGCGUGUCUCAGGUCAGAAGCUUCACCGCCGCCUUCCUGUUCUCCAUCGAGACGCAGACCACGAUCGGCUACGGCUUCCGGUGCGUGACGGACGAGUGCCCCAUCGCCGUCUUCAUGGUGGUGUUCCAGUCCAUCGUCGGCUGCAUCAUCGACGCCUUCAUCAUCGGGGCGGUGAUGGCCAAGAUGGCCAAGCCCAAGAAGAGGAACGAGACCCUGGUCUUCAGCCACCACGCCGUGGUCGCCAUGAGGGACGGAAAGCUCUGUCUCAUGUGGCGGGUGGGGAACCUGAGGAAGAGCCACCUGGUAGAGGCCCACGUCAGAGCUCAGCUGCUCAAGUCCCGCAUCACGUCCGAAGGGGAGUACAUCCCCUUGGAUCAGAUCGACAUCAACGUGGGCUUCGACAGCGGGAUCGACCGGAUAUUCCUCGUCUCCCCCAUCACCAUCGUCCACGAGAUCGAUGAGGAGAGCCCUCUGUACGACCUGAGCAAACAGGACAUGGACAACGCGGACUUUGAGAUCGUCGUGAUCCUCGAGGGCAUGGUGGAGGCCACCGCCAUGACCACGCAGUGUCGCAGCUCCUACCUGGCCAACGAAAUCCUCUGGGGCCACCGCUACGAGCCCGUGCUUUUCGAAGAGAAAAACUACUACAAAGUGGACUACUCCAGGUUCCACAAAACGUACGAAGUGCCCAACACGCCGCUCUGUAGUGCCAGAGACUUAGCAGAGAAGAAAUACAUCCUCUCGAACGCUAAUUCCUUUUGCUACGAGAACGAGGUGGCCCUCAAGAGCAAAGAGGAAGACGACAGCGAUCACGGGGUGCCCGAGAGCACCAGUACAGACUCCCCCCCCGAUAUUGACCAUCAUAACCAGGCGGGAGUGCCUCUAGAGCCCAGGCCAUUGAGGCGGGAAUCGGAAAUAUGACUGACUGAUGCUCCUGUGGGGGGUUUUCCUUAAAAUUCAGUCGGUGGGUCAGAGGCGCGAUAGGCUACAAACUGGAUCCACGACGGUUGGCCGAGGAAGAUGGUACUGGUGGAGAGCAAACGGGCGCGAGGGAACAGAGGCCGGUUUCAGGGCUUCGGAGGAAAGAUUACAGAGGACGGACGUUAAAACCUAAAGCACUAAACAUGUCUACGCAUGACCA